UUUUACUGUUGAGUAACUGCAUGCUGGUCUGCCUGUGCUAGAGAGAGGGAGAGCGAGCUAGAGGAAUAAAGUGCUCCUCCAGGAUCUUAUCGGAGCCCUCUCCCCUCUCUCGCCUUCCCCUCUCCUCCUUCUUUACCUCUUGGUUGCUGCUUGUGUCCAUUUAAGUUGGGGAGGCCCUGGAGAGGACACACAAUGGAGCGAAGAGCCUGUGGCAACUGGGCCGUUGUACUACUGAGAGGGGGAUGGGGUAGAGAGAGGACCGGUUCACACAGCUAACACAGCUUGCCGGCUGUAGGUUUCCAACAGCCUCUCCUCCCUGCCUGGACACACUGUUUCCAGGCAGAGGCCUUCUUCCUGGAACAGCCACCCUCAAACUCCGCUUGGACUACGCUAAGGAUUACUCACCGUGUUCUGUGGGAUUUUAGGAUACAUACUGGAGCCUGAAGAAUAAAUCUCUUUUGUGUUUUGGAUGAGAGAAAAGGAAAAACAAACUUCUGUGUAAUUCUUUCGUGCCCAGUUCUGGUUUUUGGUUUCUGUUUUUGUUUAGUGGAAUUCAUAAAUGGAUUACAAAAUGCAUGCCAAGUCAAACGAUUUGCUGGAUUUUCAAAAACUGGAUGCCCUUCUGGAAAAAAUUGCACAUUCAGUCUCUGUAAAAAGAGAGUCCAGUGAAGAGUGCAAUGGGAUCAGUGGUGCUCUGUCAGUGGAGUCUGUGCCGGGGCCAAGACUGAACUGGUGUCCUGCCAACACCACUACCCCUGCCCCUGCCCCUGCUCCAGCUCCAGCUCCGGGGCCCGAGCCCACGCCCUACCCUGCCAGAAUGGGGGAUGGCCUGGACACUGCGCAGAUGUCGGGCAGCAGCAGCAGCAGUCAGGGGCAGGCCCAACAAUCGGGCAAUCCCCCACCCCCAGACUACAUCGAUCCAAACAGACAAAAACGCCAGACCAAUCAGCUUCAGUACCUGCUUAAGGUGGUGGUCAAAUCCCUGUGGAAGCACCAGUUUGCUUGGCCUUUUCAUGCACCAGUGGAUGCAUUAAAACUUAACCUGCCUGACUACUACACAAUAAUCAAAACUCCUAUGGACAUGGGAACAAUCAAGAAAAGGCUUGAGAACAGUUACUACAGAAAUGCCCAAGAAUGUAUCCAAGACUUCAACACGAUGUUUACCAACUGCUACAUAUACAACAAGCCUGGAGAUGACAUAGUCUUAAUGGCCGAGGCUCUAGAGAAGGUUUUCCUCCAAAAGGUUACAGAAAUGCCUCAGGAAGAGACCGAGAUUGUUGUCAUGACAGGAAAGGGACGUGGCCGAGGCCGAAGAGAUGGAGGUCUAAACUUGAAACCCGGGGCCAUAAUUGAUUCUUCGUCCUCGACGCCUCAAACGCGUGGUCUGUCGAAUCUCUCAGCAGCACCACAGACUCGAGGACCAGUGCAGGGCCCGCCUUCACUACCUCCCCAGCCUUUGAUGCAGGCCCUGCCAUCCCACAUGCCCCCAACGUUACCCAGCCAUGCGCCACAGCUGGGAGCUCCCUACUCCCUGGGCCAACCAGACUGUGCUCCUCAAGUUCCUAUCAUGACUUCUGUGCCUCCUCCUGCUCAGACCUCUCUUCCCCCAGCAUCCAUCCAGAGCACUACCCCCAUGCUGCAGACCUCUAUAACCAUGACCAAACAAAGAAAGAGCCAAAAAAGGAAAGCAGACACUACAACGCCCACAGCAAAUGAUCAACUGAGUGAGUCUUCGCCAGCAGAAUCCAAGUCUGGGAAGACACUACCCAGGCGAGAGAGUACCCGGCCUACGAAACUGAUGAAGAAGGAAGCUCCAGACUCUCAGCAUCAUAUAGGCAUAGGAAUGGGACUGAGUGGACCAAGUGGUGGUCAUAGCCCCAAACCGCAGGAUCAGCUGGGAUAUUGCGCUGGUCUGGUUAGGGACAUGCUGUCUAAGAAACACGCUGCUUAUGCCUGGCCAUUCUACAAACCCGUUGACGUGGAUGCACUGGGACUACAUGAUUAUCACGAUAUCAUCAAACAUCCAAUGGACCUCAGCACCAUCAAGGCCAAGCUGGAGAACAGGCAAUAUCGGGAACCCCAGGAGUUUGCUGCUGACGUACGAUUAAUGUUUUCCAACUGCUACAAGUAUAAUCCACCAGAUCACGAAGUCGUAGCUAUGGCACGGAAACUACAGGAUGUCUUUGAGAUGCGUUUUGCCAAGAUGCCAGAUGAACCUGAGAGCAAGCCCCUGAUCACUGCCCCAGCUCCUACACUUCAUCAUCCUGCUCCUGUUAAGCCGCAACCCCCUUUGGCCCAUGUCGCCUCGUCGUCAGACAGCUCCAGCGAUUCGUCCUCAGAGUCCGAGUCUUCCACGGAUGACUCUGAAGAGGAGCGAGCUCAGAGGUUGGCGGAACUCCAGGAACAGUUGAAGGCUGUCCAUGAGCAGCUGGCUGCCCUGUCCCAACCACAAGCCAGCAAACCAAAGAGAAAAGAGAAGGAAAAGAAAGACAAGAAAAAAGAUAAGCAUAAGAAGAAAGGAGGCACGCCUGGCCUUGUAGAUGAGAUCCAGGAUGCUACACCUGUUUCGCAGCUGUCCAAGAAGACCAAGACCAGUAACAAUAACAACAAAGAAAUUGUUCCCAAGAAGAAAACCAGUAAAAAAGAAGCAAUGAAAAGCAACCAUCCCUCCAACCUGCAGCCGGUUCCCAGCCUGGAAGAAGACCUGGCAGCCACUGGGUCAUCACUUACAGGCGAAAAGUGCAAACCUAUGACAUAUGAGGAGAAGAGGCAGCUAAGCUUGGACAUCAACAAGCUUCCUGGGGACAAGCUCGGCCGUGUGGUGCAUAUUAUCCAGUCCAGGGAACCCUCACUCAAAAACUCAAACCCUGAUGAAAUUGAGAUAGACUUUGAGACGCUAAAGCCUUCCACUCUGCGCGAGCUCGAAAGAUAUGUGUCUUCCUGCCUACGCAAGAAGAAAAAGGUUCCAGUUGAAAAGACAGUGGAGUCCAUGGCUACCUCCAAAAAAACUGGAUCAUCUUCAGAGAGCAGUGGCUCCAGCUCAGACAGUGAAGCUGAUGGGACAGGAACAAUAAAGCCGCAGAAAAAGAAGAGCCAGUCUGCAAAGGAGGGGAAGAAGACACAUCCUCACGUUCAGACUGGCCCUGCUCAGACUGGGCUUCAGCCACAGGCUGUAGGCCUUCAGUCCAGCAGUCAGAUGAAGCAGCACUCGCAGCAGCACCAGCCAUCUCCUGCAGGUUUCAUGGCUCCCCCUGUUGCUGCUCUGGAGUCUUCCCAGUUGCUGGAGACUAGUUUUGACUCCCUGCCCCCUUUCGGCCAGCCCCUCAUGCAUCUGUCCCACCACACGGGCAACUCCUCCUCCCCUGCACCUCCACACCUCAACGCUCAUUCUGCUGGGCCAGUGUCCCCUGAGACACACCCCUUCCUCAACCAGCAUCCCGUCCUCCCUUCUCCAGCCUUACACAGUUCCAUGCCUCAGCAGCCUUCUCGACCCAGUCACAAGGCAGCACCACUUCAUCCCAAACCCCCUCAGCAGCAACCAGCACCACCUCAGCAGCAGCCAACUCUGCAGCAGCAACAGCAGCAGCUCCAGCCCCAGUCAGCAGCACCACCACCGCAGCACCAGCUUUCUUCUCAGAUCCUCCACCCUCCUCAGCCCCUGCACCAACGGCCCAUGUCCCCUCCAACGCUCACACCCCAAGGUUUGCUGUCUUCCCAGCCUCCCCAGAUGCUGCUGGAAGAUGAUGAAGAGCCAGGGUCUACAACACCGAUGACCCAAGUACAGUUAUACCUACAGCAGUUCCAGCCAGCCCGUCAGCCCCAGCAGUCCAUGCAGUCGCUCCAGGCCCAGGCUCGUCAGCAGCAGCAGCAGCAGCAACAACAGCCAGGACAAACGUCUCUCCUGCAGUCUGUUCAAGGACAAUCUCAGCUCUCCUCUCAGACCACACUGCCUCCUCCCCAGCUCUCUGUUCAGUCGCAGGCUCAGUCAGCCUCAUCACAUCAGGCACUGCCCCAACAGAUGCCCCUACACCAGGCUCGACACAUGCAACACACUCCGCAGCAACAACAGCAGCCACAGCAGCAGCAACUGAACUACCAGCAGGGUCCUGGACUCACUGGUCAGUCCCAGGGAUCACAACACAAAGUAUCCAUGCCCACCAACAAAGCACAGCAGAUCAUUCAGCAGCAGCAGGAGCAGCCCUCCCCUCGCCCGAUCAAGGCUGACCCGUACAAUACAGGUCACAUAAGGGACAACCCAUCCCCUCUCAUGAUGCAUUCCCCACAACUUCCCCAGUAUCCACCUGUGUCUCACCAGUCUCCACCUCACAACAUGCAGCCCAAAAAGCAGAGGGCCCCUGGGAGCCAAGGUAUGUUGAAAGAGGAGAAACUUCCUCCGUCACCGGUGAUGAGAGGAGAGCCAUUUAAUCCUGCAAUGAGACCAGACCAUCACAAACAUCCUGAUACCAAGCCUUGUCCACCAGCCCACAUCCAACAGAAUGUGAAAUCCAUGGACACCUCACGGCCUGUCAUCCGCUCCUCUGAGCCCACUGGGCCGCCUGCUUCUCUGCAGGACAAGGACAAGUUCAAGCAGGAGGCAAAGGUCCCCAUUGCACCAAAAAAGGUCCAGGACGUGAAACUAAAGAAUAUGGGAUCGUGGGCCAGCCUGGCACAGAAGUCCACGUCUACGCCAUUAUCAGCAGUGAAGUCCUCGAGUGACAGCUUUGAGCAGUUCCGUCGUGCUGCCCGGGAGAAAGAGGAGAGGGAGAAGGCCCUGAAGGCUCAAGCUGAGCAGGCGGAAAAAGACAGGCUACGCAGAGAGCAGGACAAACUACGAGGUCGGGAUGAAGAGGACGUCAUGGAGCCCAGCAGAAGAGUGCAUGAGGAGCCACGCAGGCGUCUUGAGCAGCAACACAUCCAAGCGCCUCCACAGCAACAGCAGCAGCAGCAGCAGCAGCAGUCCCAGCCGGAGCCCCAGCCGGCUGCCAUUCAGCAACCUCCUCAACCCCCCACACCGCCUCAGCCCGCCACACAAAACCCACUAGACCAACAGAGGGAGCUAGCACGCCGCCGAGAGCAGGAGAGAAGGAGGCGAGAAGCGAUGGCUGCGACUAUCGACAUGAAUUUCCAAAGUGACUUAAUGGCUAUCUUUGAGGAGAACCUGUUUUGAGAAGAGAAGUGACUGAAACGUAACUGCAAAAAGCAAAAAAAUAAGUAAAAAAUCGGAUGACGUUAUCUUCCUCUAAAGUAAGACCGUGGACCACAGAGGGACACGGACUGUAUGUAAACGUGACGGGCCUGGUUGAGACUGAGUACAAACGCUGGACGGGCGGUCACAGCUCACUUUGUCCCUGUGGACUGAACAUACAACAACAUGUGGGGACACUCUUGUUGUUCUGGAUGUCACCUCUGGGGAAUUUGCCUGCCUGAUAUCUCACGACAAGAGAGACAGAGGACUCCCGUGCACAGUUGCCUUUUGUCACACUUGAUUCUUAGAGUGUGCGCGGGCACAGUGGUAUUUGAGUAAGUAAAGGCAUCCCAGUGACUUUGAAAAUGCUCUGAUAAUGUACUGACGGACUGUGCAGAUGCAUUUUGAAACUGCCACACGUCUAAGAUGGUGAAGAAGACUGGUCUUUUAUGUUCUGUUUUGUUUGUUGUAAGUGAAUAUGAUCAUGUAAUGGUUGGGAGUGGGGGGGUUCCAUUCUGUAAAUCAUGUAUAUUUCUCAGCAGAGAAGGUACAGUUUGCCUUACACCUCUUUCCUAAACAGACUGUGGCCUGCACACAUAGACAAACCAAUAACAUUUACAAACAGGACUAGGGGCAGUGCAGACCUUUUUUCAUCAUGUAGUAUCUACUGUAAAGAAGUAUUUUCUUAUUCUACAAUAACUGUUUAUUUUGGAUCUUUCUUUUUUCUUCUUCUUCGAAUCUUCACACCGAACACACUCCGCCAGCUACAUCUAUGCCAAACAACCCAAUAUCUUUUAUGCUAAAUUAUUUGUCCUGAAACAUAGUAGGUAGCUUGUGGAAAAAAACUCUCAAUAUAUGCAUUAUCAUAGUUCAGCAAGUAUUUAUCAAAGACAGAAUCAGUUGAAGUUUUCAUCUUGCAUUGUAAUAUUCAUUUAAAGCUACAACAGGAAGCUGCUGGCGGAACAGGAGGAAGGGCCAGUUGUUUCUGAGCUUUAGUUGGAUUCCACUACAGGUGUCACGCCAUUUUUUUUUUUGUAUUACACUUUUAGACAUAAUGUUUGCAAAGUCCAUAUCAUCGGUGUGUUCACAAGAGUCACACUACUGGAUCAGUCGAGCCCCUUGCCGUUCGCUCUGAGCAUGCUCCGAUCGAACGGAAGGGGACAAUCAGGGGAAAAAAGACAAACACUUUAACACCUUUCUGUAGCUGUUACUUGAAUCAGGUUAGUAAAAAAUAGUUGAUGGGACUGGAAAGAGCUCCCAGUUAGUUUUUGCAUCGAAUCGUCUUCUAAUCCGCUGAGGGCACACUGUCGGCAUACAAAAUAAAAAGACAAACGAGUACAAAAGUCAAGAAACGGAAAAUGCUGAAAAAACUGUUUUGAUUUCUAUCUUUGUUCUUGUUUUGAUAGUAGUGGAUGUGAGUUCUAAUUCUGUUCUCGGAGACAUUGUUGGACCGGGGAUGGGCUGAAAUCUGAACGCGUCUCGUCCUCUCUACUUGUCUCUUAUGGUGUUUAUUCUCCAGUGCCUGUAUUGUAUUGCAGUUCUCGUUGGCUUAUAUUACACUUUGAGGGGAGGUUGGAAAGUCAGGAAUGGGAGGUGUAAUAUUUGAACGGGGAGGGAGAUUUUUGAAAGAGUUUGUGUAAGAAAAAAGAACAACAAAAAAACAACAAAAAAAGGAAUUACAAAAAAAGGAAAAGACAGCGUUUUAUAUUUUACCCGUUGUCAAUAUUCGGGUUUUAAAUUUAGUUUUAGCUGGACUUCUAUGAGUGUACACACCUGACAACUACGUUCUCAUUUUGUUCAGAGGAUUUUAGGUAGAUAUGUUUCAGCGUUGCCACACUAGCGUUUGAGUCUGGUCUGUGAGUGUGACUGUGUACAUUUGGACGGCUGUGUGACUGUGUGUUUGUUUCUUUUUUUUUUUUUUUUUUUUUUAGUGUGUGGUGCAGGGAGGCAUGUUCCCCGAUGUAGAUAAGCAUUCUAUUAAUGAGGAGAAUAAAAAGACGAGCAGUACUUCAGGAGAACUUGUUUCUGUGCUUAAGUCACCUUUUUCAUUUCUAUGAAGUCCACCAUAUAUGAAUAUAUAAUUUUAUUAUUAGACUGGUUUUGAAAGGGUAAAAGAAAAAAAAACUUCAUUCCUUUUUAGCCUUUUUUUUUCCUUCACACAAUAACUGUUGGACAUAAUGUGCCAUGAGUUCUACACAGAAUGUGCUGACCCGCAGCUCAGCCCAGAGUUUGCUUUAUUCAGGUAUUUUAUUUUGUGUUACAUUUGUUCUGUUUUGGGGGUUUUGUUCAAACCUUUUCCUCGAUUAUCGUUUGGUAUGUGAGUGGUCUAUCGAGGUCUCUGAUUAAGUCUGUUAUGAUCAUUGAAUAAACUCAUCUCUUUUAUAGAAAAUAAAAAAUAAAUGAAA